CCAUCGGUUCAUCAUCCCUGAUGAUAGGAGGGAGGAGUUCAGUGCAGUGACUGUUAUGCGUCGGGCCGUGGACUUGUUGGAGCAGUCACUCGAGGUGCCAGAUGCUCCUGCAGAGGGCACGCAUUCCCGAUCCCUCACUGAGAGGGCGCUGGAUCUUAUUAGAUCCAAUGCCUUCAUUGGUACCCAGGGGGUAGCCUUUGCUGCUGUCCGAGGAGCUAGAGCUGCAGGAGGCAGAGGUCGUGGAGACAGAGCGCGUGGAGGCAGAGGCCGUGGAGGCAGAGCCCGUGGAGAGGGUGCUCCUGCAGAGGGUGCGCGUGGAGGCAGAGGCCGUGGAGGCAGAGCCCGUGGACCUAGAGGUCGUAGAGGGGCCGGUAGGGGUCGGGGCGAGUGAUUGACUAUAUAUUUGUAUAUUUUUUUUGUAUUUUUAUAUUAUGACAUGUGACUCUUUGUAUUAGGACUCUCUUUAUAUUAAUCAUGCUUUCUAUUUUCACUCAUUAUAUGCCGACUCUUGUAUUGAAAAAAACCCGUAUAACUACACCGUAAAUAAUCAAAGGCAGGAUAAGUAACAUAAAUAAUUCAUGGCAAACAGUUUAAAGGGUACACGAAAUUAUUCAGAAGCAACACGAAAACAAAAUUAAUCCUCAGUGAUAUCGAUGAAGUCGUGGGGUCCGCUAUCCUGUGGAAAUACUUUGACUAUGUUGGGCAACGUUAUAUUCAGAUAACGAACAGAUUUACUCGGUGCAAACACAGCAACCUGCAAGUAAAUUGCAAAUUUAAAAGAUUA